AUGGCCGACAGCAUACUAUCCCUAUUCGAGCUGUUUGCGAUGUCGAACGACCUUACUCCUGAGAGCGGCGAGUACAAUGUUGCGCAGGCAGGCUUCCUCACGAAUGCUACGCAUGACGCAUAUACGGCUUUCGAGGACUCCUUUGGCAGCGAUGACAACGAUCUAGACGCCUGGCGCAACAUAUGUAGGACAGGUGGGAUUCGGAACGCGGAGAGCCUUCCCAGCAUCACAGCUUGUAAGAAGGCCAUCAGACAAUCGAACAUCAACAUAUAUGACUUAGAAGACGCAAUGAAAUCGAAUACGACUUGCAGUGGAUAUGCUACGCGGGCACAGUUGAGGCAGAGCAUUCGCAAGGGAAAAAGGUAUCCAAAGAAACGGGCGAAGGAGAAUCGAUUGCUCAAGGCCUUUCUCCUAGUUUCUGGAGAGGAUUAUUAG